AUGGAGGUGGAGUGGGCGGCGCGGAUUUUAUCCCAACUUCUGAUUAAGGAGAAGUGCCUGAAGGAGAAGUACGUCUUCAAUUUGCUGAAAAAAUUCGGAGACGUGAACCACAUCAUUCAGCACGCGAAUGAGCAGCUGGAGUCGCUCGGGUUUAUCAUAAAUAACGAACUGAUAAACGGAGAGGAGUAUUUCAUCAUCGGGUGUGAGAAAUGGACAAUUCCUGGGAAGAGCGGCCAAACGGAAAUGUCCCCCGAGGGAGGUUUUUUUAACAUAAAAGAUGAGCAUCUGUUCAAUUCUCUCUUUAAGACGAACGAAAUAAGUUUGUACUAUUUAAUCAUUGACCACAUAGUCAGUAACAAUCGGUACCUACGUGUGGACGGGGGGGACGUAUCUUAUGAGUCCUUGUGUCUUGAGCUGAACAUAAAAAAUCCGAACGUGCAGAAGGCUAUACUUAACAAGUUGCUGGAGCACAACUGGCUACGGAAGGAACAAGGAGAAUUAGCAUUGGGGCUCCGUUUUUUUACGGACCUGAUAAAGUACUUCCCUCUUAGCAACUUGGACAAAUGCUCACUCUGCAAUAACGCAGUGAUUGUGGAGAGCAGGCAAUGCACGAACUGUCUAUCGGUUUAUCACAUCCACUGUUUUAACGCUCUUGCGAAUAAGCUAGCUCUCUGCUUCAUUUGUAAGAAUUCCCUCUAA